GGUUCGAGUGCAGUUCCUGCGCGUGUCGGUCCGCCAUGGGAGCUGGCUCCAGCGUUGCGGCCAAGCAUGAGAAAGCAGCCAACCCAGAGGUUGUGGGCGCGAAUGCUGAUGGUGAUGGGACCAGUGCCGCUGCGGCUAAGGACACGGGCUCAGAGAGCAAGGCUCUGAGUGCACACCUGGAAAAGCUGCUGAAGUUCAGAGACACUUGGCAGGCAGGCCGACACACAUUCUACAGCUGGCAUUCUCAGACAGUUGAAGACGCUCUAGAGCCCGAGCUCGAGAUCGUGGACUCCCACCACCAUCUAUGGGAUAUGCGCGAACUGCAGGGGUACAACCUGUUCGGCCUAUUCAAGCAGCAAUACUACAUGACAGACGAGUUGGUGGAAGAGAUCCUCGGUUCAGGGCACAAUGUGACACACACAGUUUACAUCGAGGCUCAUUCAUUUCACAGCGUGAAUGUCGACGCCGUCAUGAAACCGCUGGGGGAAGUUCGAAUGGCACAAGGCGUUGCUGCGCAGUUCGCCUCGGGAAAAUACGGGUCAACACGCGCAGUAGGUGGCAUUGUAGGCACCGCAGAUCUUUUGAAGCACGGGGUGGGUGUGGAGCCCUUACUGGCAGCGUGCAAAUCAACUUGUUCCAAUUACCGUGGAAUCAGGGUGUCUGGCCAUUUUGAUGGAAAAGUGACUGACGGCUUCCGAGUCGGUGAACCUGGAAUUUACGGUCAGCCCAAGUUUCGGGAAGGGUUCGCGCUGCUUGAGAAGUUCGAUCUGGUGUUUGAUGCAUUUGUGUUUGCGUCACAGCUGCAGGAGCUGCACGCCCUUGCGACAGCAUUUCCAGGCAUUACCAUUGUAAUGGACCACAUGGGUGCCCCACCAGCGGCGCUGGGCAAUUAUGAAAAGGCAACCGGGUACAAUGACAAGCAGGAAGAUAUUCUAGCUCAGUGGAAGCGUGACAUGACGCGAAUUGCAAAGGAGUGUCCCAAUGUAAACGUGAAGGUCGGUGGAUUCAUUCCUCAGUUGGGUCACGGUUUUGAUGGGCGCGCGAAACCACCAUCUUCGGAAGAAGUUGCUGCCGUAAUCGGCGACAUGUGUUUGUGUACCAUUCGCGCUUUUGGAUGUGGCCGUUGCAUGCUCGAAAGCAAUUUUCCGGUGGACAAAUGCGGUGUGUCCUAUACUGUGUUAUGGAAUGCAUUCAAACGCAUCACGAAAGUUGCGGGUUUUUCUGAUGAUGAACGAAAGCUGCUGUUCAGCGGAACCGCAAAGCGUGUGUACCGUUUGUAGUUCAUUCUGUGCGCUGCUUCCGUUCGGACGUCACUCAAGGAACGUAUAUGGUGUAUUCGUGAUGCAUGGCCUGCCUCCGUGUAGAGAGACUCUUUGGGCAUAUGGGAGGAGACGUGACGUACAACCUAGAUUUUGCUACGGAGGAGGACGACAAGGAGCAGAGGAAGGAGUAGGGGUCCCAGCGGAUUCAUAUGAUUAGGGGAGGUAUGGCGCAGAUUUCGGCGGCACGCCCGGGUGCCCGGGUGCCCAGGUGCCCCGGUGCUCAGUAGCCCUAUAGCCUUAUGGCUCUAUAGCCCUAGAGCCUUCUAGCCUUAUAGCCCUGUAGCCCUGUACCCUAAUGAUUUUAUACAGUGUUUUUUUUCUCCGGUAUCAUGGUGUAUUAGUGAUGCAUGGCCUGCCUCCGUAUGCUGUAUUACACGCACGUGUAUGCAUACAUUCUAUAUGCGCACAUCUAGUGGCUUUCGACCCAUCCCGCCACUGCGCCUAGUUUGUAGGUCAGAU